AUGGUAGAGGAAAAGAAGCAAACUCCUCUCUUUAUAGUUGAUAUUGACCCCUUCAUCAAUUCAAUUCUGCUAAACGAUCUCAAUCAAGCUUCCAAUGGCUGCUUUUGCUUCAAUCCCUGCAACAAUUCCCAUAGCCAGGGGAUCCAUUUCUCAGCACAGAAGCUUCACCACCACUGUAAGCAAUCACCCCUGUUGGAAUUGAAAUACAAUGUGAAUCGUGACGGAUUGAAUCGGAUCACGUUUUUUUUAUUGCAGGGAGUUCCCGUUAUAUGUAACAGAUUAAAGCUCAUUCCAAAGAUUCAAUUCUCGAAGACAAACAAGUUGCCUACUCGAUCUAGCUGCUUCAAGACACCAGUUUCAUGCUCUCUUGCCGAUCCCGAGACAUUGAAAACUGUCCAAACCACCAUUGCUAAGCAAUUGUCAAUUGAUGUGAGCUCAGUCACUCCUGAAACCAAGUUUGCUGAUCUGGGUGCUGAUUCCCUUGACACAGUGGAGAUUAUGAUGGCAUUGGAGGAACAAUUCGGAGUUUCAGUCGGAGAAGGCGGAGCUGAGAACAUUGCAACCGUCCAAGACGCCGCAGACUUGAUCGAGAAAGUGAAGGCUGCUGCAUAG